AUGGAAAAGUCAGAAGACAAGAAAAUUGUGGCAGCACAUUCUGUGGCAAAGGGUCAGACUAAUGAGGUCAUCGAGCUGAUUGGAAGAUGCUCUUCGUUUCAGAAGUUGCUUCGGAUCAUGGCGUAUGUGAAUCGGUUCAUUCAAGGUGGCAAUCGCAGUCGAGAUGUGGUUGUAUCAGCUAAGGAGCUGAAGGUCUCAUUUCUUAGGCUGGUACAGGUAGUCCAAAGAUGUGAGCUUGGAUCAGAAUUCCUCAAACUGGAUAGGUUCGUCGGGAGGGGAGGCUUUCCGGUGAAGGUCUACAGCGACAACGCCACCAACUUCGUGGGCGCGAGCCGAGUGAUGGAAGAGCUUCACGCAGCAUUUCAGAGGGAUCAGGAUCGGCUCAGGACGUACGCAGGACGUACGCAGACGUACGGCGUCGAGUGGUGUUUCAUACCACCGAGAGCACCGCACUUCGGAGGGCUUUGGGAGGCGGCAGUCAAGGCAGCCAAACAGCGGCUGAUACGUGGAGUUGGCAACGCCAAGCUCACCGCGGACGAGCUCAGCACCCACCUGGUCGAGGUAGAGGCCAUCCUCAACUCCCGGCCAAUCGCUUCGCCAGGCAACGACCCCAGCGAUGGAGAAGCCCUGACGCCAGGGCACCUGCUCAUCGGGCAGCCGCUUCUUUCGCUGCCGUCCGAAUCCGAGCAAGACGCCAAAUGCAGCAAGGGCGGCUUCGACUAUUUGAAGCGGUGGCGCAUGCUGUCCGCGCUCAAAGAGCAGUUUUGGCAGGGCUGGUCCAAAGACUACCUGGCCAGCCUGCAGCAGCGGCAGCAAUGGUGUACCGAAGGACCGAACCUCGAGGCAGGAUGCCUAGUGCUCGUCCACGAGGACAACACACCGCCACAGAAGUGGACCACAGGGCGAGUGGUGGCAACGACGGCAGGAGAAGAUGGGAGAGUGCGCGUGGCAGAGGUGCGAACUUCCGCAGGCGUUAUUAAACGAGCAGUCCAAAAACUGGCAAAAUUGCCAAUGGAUGGUUGA